CUCACUUAUGGAUCAUUCUUGCCAGUCCAGGAUGAAAAACUGCUAUUCUCUUUUUUGUACCAGAUGGUCCCAAAUGAAGCCCAACAAAACAUAGGUGUUGUGCAGUUAUUUCAGCAUUUCAGAUGGUCAUGGAUUGGACUCUUUGCUGUGGAUGAUGACAAAGGGGACAGGUUUUUACAGACUAUGGUGCCAAUCCUUUCCCAGAAUAGCAUCUGUUACGCCUUUAUAGUAAGAAUACCAAAAUGGAAUUAUGUAGAUGAGCUGGUAGAUUUGCUUAUACAGCAGUGGAAAAACUAUGAAAUGGUCAUUCAGAGAAAAGCCAAUGUGUUUUUUGUAUAUGGAGAACCUCCAUCCUUUCAAAUGUUGAGAACAUUGCUGUUUCUAGCACCUUUCUUGUCUUUUCCAUCUCUGGGUAAAGUGUGGGUUAUUACAUCCCACUGGGAUUUUGCAUCUAUUUCUUUUCAAAAGAUUUGGGAUAUACAGACAUUCCAUGGCUCCAUAUCAUUGACAGUUCAUUCAAAUCAGCCAUUAGGAUUCCAAAGGUUCAUUCAGAUGGUAAGACCUGCCUGGGCCAAAGGAGAUGGCUUUAUUCAGGACUUCUGGGAACAGGCGUUUGGCUGCUCAUUAAAGGAGAACAAAACCUGCACCGGGGAGGAGAAGCUGGACAGCAUUUCAGGGGUUUUGUUUGAAAUGAAGAUGACUGGCCAUAGCUACAAUGUCUACAAUGCUGUCUAUGUUGUGGCACAUACUUUGCAUGCCAUAAAUAAAUUCAGAUCCAAGCAUAGAAGAUUGGAAGGGCAGAAACUGACAUUUCAGAAUGUGCAACCAUGGCAG